AUGUCCAAUUGCUCUGCGGAUUUCUAUAUUCUUGGCUAUCCUUCGACAAUCGCUGUUAUACUUGCAAAUUCCACAAUUAUCGUGAUAUCUAUAAUUGUUUGCUGUUUCGCGUUGCAUAAAUUAAUAACCGCUUCAAUAUUUCAAUUGUCAACUCGAGUUUUCUUAUCAGUCAGUUUGAUAUUCAUAAUAUUCCACAUUUUAUCGUAUCUCGCAAUGAGAAUUCAAAUUCUUUACAUGCAAUAUUACACAAUAUGCGAUCUUGCUGUUAUAUAUUGUUAUCCAAUUAUAAUUGGAGUUUAUGGCGGAGCCGCUGGUUUAGCCUAUAUUCAAGUUGCAAUGUCAGUAGAUCGUCUACUUGGCGCAUGCUUAAAAACAUCUUACAUUCGUCACGAGAAAACAACAACCAUCUGUUUCGUCUUUCUCGUUUUACUUUGCACAUUUCUCACAUACAGAUAUCAAAUAGAAGACAACACUCUAGAUUAUCGGGUUCCAACUUGUCAAAACUGGGACGAUCCACAUAAUAGAUAUAUGACAAUCACCUCUUUCAUUUUAUAUCUAUCAAUAUUCGACUUCAUAGCAGAUUUUGUGAUCCUUUUGUUGAAUAUUAAAAAUGAACGAAAGAUUCGAGACAUUUAUGAUGUUGCAAAACGCUUCGAAGCUCGAAUGUCAUUGAAAAGUACACAGGCAGUAUUGACAAUUUCAAUGGUUCAAUUUUUCGCGCAAGCAACCUAUUCUCUCAUAUUUUUGAUUUUUCAAACUUUCUUCACUGGUAAAUUGAGUCCUCACGCGUCAACACUUCUUGUUAUUUAUAUUUACGUGAGUAGUACAGUUUUUUUCAAAACUAGAAUUAGUUUCAUUUCAGCCAGUCUCCUAUACCGCAACUUUUCAUGGAUUAGUUAUUCUUUAUGCAAUUCGUCGAAUGCGAAUUCAGCGAGCAAUUGAAAUCAAGAAAAUGACAGAUCAUAAGAAUAAUUUAGAAAAUCAUCUUCAACAAAUGCGAGCCUCCUGGCGAUAA